CGAGUUGUCAAUCUACGUGGAAUGUUAUAGACUUUGAUAAUUCGAUUUUUUGUUAUUGGCAGCCUCGCGACUGUCAUCAUGGAAACACGUCACACAAGACAUAGUCGGAAGGUGAAUCAUAUACUCAUGAGCAACCACCAUCAAUGGCGGAGUACUACAUUACCAUGUCUUGCAUAUGUUCGAGACGCCGCCUUGUAAGCGCAGUCGCAAGAAUCAUCAGUCGCUUCGCGGCUACGACUGACUCAAGUAUCCUCACUUCCCACAAUGACGGUAACAUCAACUUUUACAAACACAUAGGCGCUUACUGGUCUGAGAACGAAUGGACACUUUUACUUAAACGACAAACGAAGUUCAAUGUGUUUGAUCUAGAGAAAGUCAACGCCAAGAACGAUAGCGCACGACAUUUCUUGUCGAUGAUCAAAUUCGCGGAAGGCGGAUCCAAUCCGGUUGCUGGACCUGAAUCUUUGCUGACUGUGUUAGAGAUUGCGAGUGUAGAGUCUACACGCCUGUAUCAUCCUGCCGAAGACAGCAUUAUGGACUAAGACAAUCUGCAUUGCAGGCUCGAAGCAUCCUCGCUAUACCUGCCCCUUGAAUUCUAGUCUGAAGCAACAAUGAUGGACAUGAUAUGGAAUUAGAGUACUUUCUGGCAGAAGAGGUUAAGGGGGAGGAAGUUGGCGAGAGCUA